AUGGCGAGAAAAUUGUUUAUAUCAUUAAUAUUCUUCUUAUUCUCAUUAUUAUCCGCAGAACCCACAGAAUCAGAUUCUCAAUCCUCCCCAUCAUCUACAAUAUACGACGUGUUGGUAUCCCAUGGACUCCCAAUUGGCAUCUUCCCUAAAGGCGUUUUCAAUUUCACCCUCGACCCCGCCUCCGGCAAUUUCCAGCUCAAUUUGUUGUCCCCUGCCCCGUGCGCAGCGAAAUUCGAGACCGCGGUUCGUUAUGAAUGUGACAUUAAAGGAACAAUUGCGUAUGGACAGAUUGCUAAUUUGUCGGGUUUAGCCGCACAGGAAUUGUUUCUUUGGCUUCCUGUUAAGAGCAUACGAGUGGAUGUACCGAGUUCUGGUUUGAUUUAUUUUGAUGUCGGGGUGGUGUUUAAGCAAUUCUCUUUGUCGUUUUUCGAGACGCCUAAGGAUUGUAAUGUGUUGGAGAAGGGAGAUGGAGGGAAUUCAAUUGUUUUGUUUGAUUACAGCAGGCGAAUUGUUGAGAAUCAAUCUGGAGGGUUCGUCAGAAAACACUUUGGGGACUAUGCACGGAGAGCUGUUGCAUGA